CAAGAAAGAAAAAAUACCUGGAGAAUAAAGGUAAUGAUUAAUCUAUCGGGCAUGAAAAGGACCAUUUUGAGGAUUGCAGGUUAGAACUCACUAAUCCAAGUAAAUUGCAGUGAACAGGGAACAGAGGUUUCACUAGAAGAAUAUUAAGUCACGGCUUUUAAUUGGACAGCGUUUGUACACUCAGAGAAGUCUCGCCAGGCAUCUCCAGGAAUCCCCGCCGAGCUGCCUACUGGCUUCCGUUUUCGUAUGCCCGAGGUGAGCGGCUGGUGGGAUAUUAUCGGAGGAGACCCAAGAUGCAGGCUGAGAAGGGAGAAACACGCAAGAGCUUCAAGCACAGGCUGGCCUUGAAGAGCAGCUUAGCCAGAGAGACGGUGUCUGAGUUCCUGGGCACACUUAUAAUGAUCGUUCUGGGAUGUGGCUGUGUUGCCCAAGCUGUCCUCAGUCGAGGAAUUUUUGGAGGCAUCGUCACUAUCAAUGUGGGAUUUGCAGUGGCAGUGGUAAUGGCCAUUUAUGUGACUGGAGGUGUCUCUGGUGGCCACAUCAACCCAGCUGUGUCCUUUGCGAUGUGUCUCUUUGGGAGGAUGGAAUGGUCCAAACUGCCGUUCUAUGUGGGGGCCCAGUUUUUGGGAGCCUUUGCAGGGUCUGCAGUCCUCUUUGGCAUUUACUAUGAUGCACUUAUGUCCUUUGCUGGUGGAAAAUUGCUCACCGUGGGAGAAAAUGCAACAGCGCACAUUUUUGCAACAUACCCAGCUCCUUAUCUGUCUCUGGUGAAUGCAUUUGCAGACCAAGUAACGUCCACCAUGUUCCUCCUCAUUGUGGUCUUUGCUAUUUUUGACUCCAGAAAUUUGGGAGUCCCCAAAGGCCUGGAGCCCAUUGUUGUUGGCCUGCUGAUCAUUGUCCUUUCUUCUUCCUUGGCAUUGAACAGUGGCUGUGCCAUGAACCCAGCCCGAGACCUAAGCCCCAGGCUUUUCACUGCUUUGGCAGGAUGGGGAUUUGAUGUCUUCAGAGCUGGAAAUCACUUCUGGUGGAUCCCUGUAGUGGGCCCUUUGAUCGGUGCUGCCAUUGGAGGUUUCAUCUAUAUGCUUCUCAUUGAAAUCCACCAUCCGGACCCUGACCACAACUUCAAGGCAGAGCAGUCAGAGGACAAACAAGAAAAAUAUGAGCUUAGUGUUAAAAUGUAGUGACGUGCUCAGCUCUGAACUUGCAGCUGAUUUGGAAUUCAUUUCAGGAGAGAUGGCAUCUAUGUGUCUGCAUUUUUGUAUAACUAGGAUGGAAUCUACCCACUUCUCUCUGCUAGUUCUAUGGUACAUCCAGUUGCAAAGGCACCUGAGUGAAGGUUUGGAAAAACGGACCUCUUCUCUUCGAGUUGCUCCCUCCUCCGAAUAGCACAGACCACCCCCUGAAUAGCCUUCUUUCGUGACCUGUUUAUUGCAUCUUUGAUGGAAGUCUUUAACUGGAUGGUCUCAGCUGUGUAACUCAUACAAAAUAAUUCACCAAAGGCCUCUUCUUCAAUAUCUACAAAUAUUACCUUCUGAGCGUCAUCUAAAACCUAAUCUGAAAGACAAGACAGUUGUUUCCGUUAACAUCCAUGAACUAGGGAGCUAAAGAGUUAAUUCUCUAGUUAUAUUGUGCUGCUGCUGUCUUUGCAUAAAUACUAAUACUCUCCAAACCUGUGGAUGUAGAAAGCAGUAGAAUACAGGAGAAAGCACAGGGGAAGGACACUGUGGCAUUUAGAAACCUCAGGAGACAAGAUAAAUUUGGGAAACCAAAUGGAAUUUUUUAAUGGAAACCAUUUAUCAGAUUAAUCUCUUGCUCUUCUGCAUUUUAGAGGGCACCAAUUAAUUUCCUGGUCUUUAGUAUAUAAUAACCUAAAAUACAAUUGUAACCUCGGUCAUGAAAAAUACAUCAUUCUGUCUUUUUCACUAAAAUGUAUUUUCCUAAUUGCCCACAUGAGGACAGACAUUUGACAAGUGAAGUCAAUGGCUGCAUCAUCCAUUAUUUUACAAGCACCCCAGAAGCCUGAAAACCACUGGAGCUUAGUCUAGUAGAUUGUUUAAGGUAGGAAGUUUCUGGAAGGAUACUCAUCCCUCACUGGGUUUUACAACUCACAAAACCUUCGUAUACAUCAUCUCAUUUAAUCCUCAUAAUGACUAUGUGAGAUAAAUUCCAUGAUGCCCAUUUUUCAGGUAAAGAAACAAAAUCUCAGGGAUAUUAAGCGAGCUGUCCGAGAUUUCUUGGGAAGUUGAACAUUGUCUAUUGCGAGCCUCCACCUUUCAGAAGACCACUGACUGGCUGAGGAUCUCUGCCAACCCCUCCUGGUUGGCCGGAAGAAGUGGGAUUCCCAGCUUCCGGGAGGUGUGUGCCUUGUGGACAUAAGGCUCCUUGAUGUUAUGGUAUAAGAGUUUAAGACCCUGCAUUGUAUUGUUUUAUUCCUUCUGUUACUAACCCACAAGUGAAGGAAAGAGGUAGCAGUUUGAUGGUAACUUUAUCUUCUGAAAAACAUUCCCGGAAGGCCUUCUUCCUAGGCUGCCCUCGGUCUUGCUGAGUCCUGACCUUCCUCCCUGGGCACCUCCGAACUUGGCCUUCAGGGAAUUCAUCCUCCCUCAGCCUCUCCCCCCAUGAAGCUCUCUGAUUCAUGAUCGUUCCAACCAGAGCAUCUCCGUGAUCGAGCUGCAGUCACCCUGAGAAUUGCUCUGCAGCAAGAGACACAUCUUUAGCCAAACUGUUCAAAGCCAGACAUUCCUAAGGGGCAUUCGAUUUCCCACCAGGCUUGUGAGAACAGCGGAAAAACAAAAAGCAAAUGGGAAAUGUCUCUGAUGGUGUAUAUUCUAAAACCAGUGGAGAAACAGAAAUUUGUUCUUAUUCUGAAUCCAACUGAAUUUUCCCUAUUUAAAAUAAAGUUGCUGGUUUGGUUUUUUAAA